AAACCGUCUUUUAAUUGUGAUAUUUUUCCCAUUAAUCUGGGAGGGGAGUUCUAAAGAAUAAACUCCUAAUUCGAGGGUCUAACAUGAAAGGCGGAGCUCCGUGUUGGUUUAAUCCUCGCUUCUAAGAAAGCUUGAAUCAUUUUCAGGAAGCUUAAGUUGGAAGAAGUCGGAUUUCUGAGCACGGUCAACCUGUCCUACUCCUCAGUCUAAAUACAGCAACACAACGCUGAAGACAGUGCGACUGCCCCUGGAGAAUGGGAUCGGCUUAGAUAACCACGCGCAGAUUGUGAAACCCAAGCGGCGAUAAAUGAAUCGGAUGUGCAGACAUGACAAGCUCACGCGUGCAAAACUGAUGCCUUUUAGAAACAAUUUAGACUGGAUUUAACUGUAAAAUAACUGUAUAAUUUUGUCGAGAAAAUCAUUUCGUUUACCGCAUAACAUGUUACGUGAUGGAUUCAAUUUGAGUGUAAGGAGUAGAACUGCGCUAUAGGUGAAAGUGUGGGGUAACAUAAGAAGUACCCUGAAACGGCAUCGAUUCACUGAUCUCGGAAUUGCUCUUUAUUUGAAGAACUCAAAACACGUUGACGGGAGACAACCAUUUUGUAUAUUCCGGUGAAGAAAUAAGAGACAGAUAAGAAACGUUAAGUGGAUAUUGGUGGAUUAUUCCUGACAAAGAGAGCGCAUGAGGGACAUGGAGAUGUUGCGCCGCUCGUCAGUGUUCGCUGCCGAAGCGAUGGAUGUAUUCAACCGAACCCCAACGGACAAGGAACUGGUGUCCCAAGCGAAGGCUCUCUGCAAGGACUACAUUCAUUCCAGGCUGAAUAGGGCCGGGAUUGGCUGGUCCAAACCCGAGCAGAGCCUGUCGGUAGCCGGGGGAAUGCUUGGGGAGGUGUCUUCUAUCCUUCUUUGGUUAGGUGAUGAGUUGGAGUACCUGCGGCCGACUGUUUAUCGCAACGUGGCGCGGCAGCUCAACAUCACCGUGACGUCGGAGAACGUGGUGUCUGAUGCCUUCCUGGCAGUGGCUGAUGAGAUCUUCUCUACCGGGGUCACGUGGGGGAAAGUGGUGUCCCUGUACGCGGUGGCAGGCGCUCUGGCCGUGGACUGCGUCCGGCAUGGCCACCCAGCCAUGGUGCACACCAUUGUGGACUGCUUCGGCGAGUUUGUGCGCAAGAGCCUGUCCCCCUGGCUGAAGAAGAGAGGCGGCUGGGAGGACAUUACAAAGUGUGUGGUGAACUCUGAUCCCCGCUUUUGGUCUCACUGGCUGGUCUCUGCAGCCUACACCUGUGGCCACUACCUGAAAGCUGUGGUCUUCUACCUGUUAAGGGAACGAUGAGGGAGGCUGGAGGCGAAGUGGGGUGGGACGGGAGAGGAAGGGCCUCAGUCGCACACACGGCUUUUGCCCGUCAUUGCUGGAAGAGCACCUCCCCACCAGCACACUCCAAAAAUCAGUUUAUACUUCCUACAGCUUAUUGCCAGGUGACUUGUCGCAAGCAAAGGACGUCCAUAAACUUUGUCCAAGGAACACUCUUGAGACCAUUCGCCACCGUCUCUAUUGCGGAACACCAAGAUGUCGUGUUUUUUUUUUAGCUUUUACUUUUUUUAUGUUGCCUGGAUAUCUGGGAGCAUUGUGGAGCCAACCCCAUCAUUUCUGUAUCCUGUUUCCUGUGAGUUGUGUGUUCUUGAUGGCACUACACUACUGUGCAAGGCUGAUAAGCUCACUCAUAAAAACACUUCACUGCCAAAGCAAAAAGGAAGCUAGCGCAUUGGUCAAGUACUACGACUUCACGUAUGAAUUUGCAAACUGUGGGUUGCAUGCUUAGAAGUUUCACUUUUUAUUUUUUAAAUUAUACUUGUGGAUAAGGAGGGCCCUUGUGUCGCUACAGUGUGCAGCAGUGUGUCAGGGUUGUGGGGUCUGAAAAAGCUAUGGUCUAUUAAUUUUAUUCUAUGAAUAACUAGUGUCACACAUUUGGUAUGAAAUGCCGAAUGACAAUAAUAAAAAAUACCUUUUUAAAAAAACGA